UAGAGAUUCCAAUGAGACGAGCGACGAAGUGAGAGGUAAUGUGAUUCAUUUUCAUUUAAUUGAACAAGAUGUAGUAGCUGCAAUCGGAUCAGGAACUCCUGCCAUGGGUGUUUGGGUUUGCAUUAUUUGAUACACAUAAGACUAAGAUUUUUGCGAGUUCAUUGGUGCGUUGUUUGUGCCCGGCCACUUCCUUGGAGGUGCGUUGCGAGUCCACCGCUUCGUGUCAAUUAAUUGUGCUCUCUCUCUUCUCACACUGUCAGGAGCAAGUAAUAGUCCUUGUGCUACAUUUAUUAUAUGUGAACCGGGAGGCCGCGGUUGGCCGACUGCCGGUGCUGAGAGUUUCUGCAGCGCAGUGGAUAGGGCCGCAAAGGCGCGCGCUCUGCAAGGUAUCUCAAGAGAGCCCUCGUUCCCGGGGACGUUGGGGCUAUCUGAUUCAAUCUUGCUGCGAUAAUACCGCAGUUUCCGUCGUCUAGAAAAAGUGCGAAGCGAGCUACUACGUCGAGGACGACCAGGGUAGGCGGGGACGUCUCGCGCGUCGUCGGCGAAGACCCACGUCCGCUUUGGUGUCAAGCAGAUGAAGGACGAUUGAGAGCAGCACGCCGCGGAUUACGCACCCCUUAAAUUGAUGAUGACGGCGCGACAACAGCGGAAGGCACUGGCGAAAGCCAGCUGUAGCAACACUCUGAGCUUUGCAAUGCACGCCUAUCUUUUUGCGUUCCAUCAUUUGAGCUAUCUUAUUUCGGCCAACAAGCAGUUCCAGCGCAACCGCAUUGAUGACCCCACCACGGAGGAGGGGCAACCGGCUAGCUCCGGUGGGACCGCCGGGGCCGUGGAGACCGGGAACGCGGGCACGGACGUCACGCUCCCCCAUCUGCGAGGUUCUCUUUACGUAGACCAAGCUGGUGUCGUUCCAGCAGGGAUAACGAAUGCCAUCGCAGUGACGCAGGACGGUGGUCAGCAGGGUCUUGAUGUGUCUGAAUACAGUGGGGCAACCGCUGCAGGUGCGGAGGAAGCAGGAGCAACCUCCGCUGGUGCGGUUCUGGCUGCCAAGCUGUCUGCGCUGGAAAUCGCGCCUGUGGAUUCAUCGGGAGCAGCUCCAGCUCCUCCAUCCGGACCUACUACGACCUCUGGAGAUGCGUUGCAGCAAAGCGGGCCCUCCUUCACCGCGGACGUUGCCGCGUCGGAAAUAAGCACUGCAUCCGCUGCUCCGGCACUCGACCUGCGCAAGAUUUACACCGGGAGCGUCGAGGAUUUGUACGCUUACGAGGACCUGGUGGUAAAGUCCGAAUCGGACGAGGGGGGUCCGACUGCAGCAAGCGAGGAUCGUGCCAAGAAGCAAAAAGACCUGGACAAGAAAAUCGCUGCGGCGUUUGUGGAAGGCGACCGAGGGGAAUACGUGGACAAGGACAAAGGCAUUGAUGGACAGUGACCCCACAAUCGGCAUCCUAGCGGCGAUCGCGUUUGUCAGGCUGGACACGAAUGGAGAUGGAUACAUUGACAGCAGCGACGAAUUGCCGCCACAAUGCGCCGCUCAGGUCGCUGACACUGGUGCGCGCUUGAAUCCGCAGCAGUGGAACUGUGCAAUGUGCGCUGCGGCCUCCGCUUCCACGUCUUCUGGAAGUCCUGCGGCUACUUCUGGAAGCGCAUUCAUGCAAGCUGGAAGCAAUCAGUCGGAGCUCGUCCGGAGAGGCCACCGUCAAUGCAACUUGUGUAAUACACUCCGUAGCGCAGCCGACCCAGUUGCUACAACAGUGAUAUGCAUUGCAGAAGUAUCGUACAGGUAUCGUAUAAAAUGAAUAAUAUCUUUAGGUGGAACUGGAAGUGGAAAAUUUAUGAUGCAGAUUCGGGAAUAGGUGAAUAGGAAAGCAAAUCUCCUUUCAUGUUGCAAGGUUGCUGUUUAAUAUCUUUAUACGAGUGCGAUAAUUUUGCAGAGGAUACAUAUAUACCACGGCGAGGGGCGUUGCGGACACGGCGACGGAGAAACCUUGGACGACCGGUAGCGUCCUGACUGCCCUCGCCCUUGCCGGUUGUUGUUUGGGCCGGUGACUACAAGUAUCCUUUCGUAUCUACUUUUUUUUCUCACCUUCGCCUACGACCUCCAUGCCCAUUCCUUCGCCCACAUCGACUGGAGAAGGCCGCCCCGCUUGCAUUGGUUGCCAGCGUUUAAGGUUUCAGAUGUUUCGUCGUUUCUCCAUCCGUCUUUUCCACAAAACAAAUCGAAUAGAACAAAUAACAUACCUCUUUCAUGAGAUUGAGUUUGAAAACGACGACUACAACGAUACGAAGAAGUGCUAGGAGGGACAGCACAAUAUCAAUAUUCAGUAGGUACAGACUAUUUGUGUUUUCAACCCAAUUCGGUCAGUGUUACGACGUAGACGUAGAUACUGCCUGAAAAAACUAUCGCGCUGGCUGCUAAAUUGCUAGCCGUAGCCUGUUUAGCGUAACGGAAAAAAAAGGGGACGACCGAGAGUUGUUUUGAGCUUCUUUACAAAACCAGGAGAACAGGUGCAACGAGCAUAUGCAUCCAUAGUGCUGAAAGUUAUUGAUUUGUAGCGAAACCGAGGCCAGAUAAAACUUCCCCUUUCGCUUUUGGCUUUCUCGGGAACAAGGAAGCGAUUUUGACUAGUACGUUCAGUAGGUGUCCUCGAGGGGAACACCAGACAGCAACGACAAUGUGCUCUAUUUGUCACCGACAAACUCAUUUGCAUUGAUUUGGAUGUUAGCCGAAGGCGAGGCCGAG